UUCUCAAUCCCACACAUACACAAGAACAAGGCAUUGAGAAUUCUUAGUAUUCUAACAUUGGAAGUAAUGGCAAGAUCUUCUUUGAGCUUAGUUAUUAUGGUUCUUGUUGUGGGGGCCACAAUGUGGAACCAAGAAGCUAAAGCUCAAUCAUCAUCAUCAUCAAGUUGCACAAGCACAUUAACUAGCUUGAGUCCUUGCUUGAACUACAUAAUGGGAAGCUCAUCAACACCAUCAUCUUCAUGUUGCUCUCAACUCUCAAGUGUGGUUAAAUCUUCCCCACAAUGCUUAUGCUCUGUCCUUAAUGGUGGAGGUUCCAAUUUGGGAAUCCCCAUUAACCAAACUCUUGCUCUGUCUCUUCCUAGUGCUUGCAAAGUUCAAACUCCUCCAGUAAGCCAAUGCAAAGGUGUUAAUGGAGGAGCAUCUUCGGGUUCUCCGGUGGGAUCUCCAUUUGGUUCCCCAGCUGAAUCUCCAGCUGAUUCACCUGAAGGUUCAAUUGCACCUUCAGAUUCAGGUUCAGAUUCUCCCUCAGUUGCAGGAUCUAAGAGAGUUCCAGGAACAAAUGGUGGGUCAUCUGAUGGAAGCAACAUUAAAUUCCCCUCCCACUUUUUGCUCUCUCUUCUUGUAAUUGUUUCUUGUUUCUCUUCCAUCACCAACCUCUGAUUUUUGAGUCUUGUCUGCAGAGACUUGAGAGACUUGAGUGCUGAGGUUUUUUAAUGAUGUUUUGCCUUUUGUUGUGUCACUUCAUAUCUGUGUAGUUUGUAUAAAUAAUGAGUUUAAUUUUAUAUAUUAUUCAGGAUUGAUUAUGCCAUAGAAACCUACUGAUUAAUCUAAAUUUUCUGAGCUAUGAAACAAAACUAUGUAUAACUCAUUAGUUCAACAACUAAUUGAAACUGGGUUCAAUUUUCUUUAAUUUACAAAGCAUAGAGCAUACGUAUUAAUCUACUAAUGUAACUUACAUUGCUUAUUGUGGGGAAUUGGGUAUCUCGAACUGGGAGGAGGAAUAAGUAUGAGUUGUUAAGUGCUUGCUGAAUAAUCCUAAAGUCUCACAUCGUGGGGAUCAGAAUGUGAGGGUGAUGCAUUGGGAUAUAAAAGAGAAGGGAGUACAACAAUUGCAAUAUACUUACCUGGACGGGGUCGAUGGGCGAUCAAGAAGGCCCAUGGCCUAGGCUGGUGACUUCCAUUGCACUUCGGAAGGGUGCCCGCCUAAGGUCUACCCAAGUGGUGGAGCCUACGUCAUAAUUUGUGGCAGUGGGGGCCUGCGUUCGCGCGGCCCCUUCCAA